CGGGAGUCGAGGAAGGUGCUCUUGCUUGGACGGUUCUCGAAUCUCUCGAACGUGGAAAAUGGGAGCUACUAGUAAUGGCAAGACUCUUUCGGGGUCUGAGAACCUGAUAAUCGAGGUCGACGAGGACAAGAUCCGUUGCAAGCAGUAUUCCUGGUACUUUGCCCCCACCUACCUGCUGUUCUGGGUGGGGCUCUUCUUCGCCGUCAUCUACCCACUCUUCCAGGCCUUGCCCACCGGAGUCAAGAUCUCCGAGGAGGCGGACAAGCCGGGCAAAUUCGUGGCCGAGAGAGCUCAGGAAAUACUGCUGAAUAUUACUCAAAUGGGACCCCGUGUGGUGGGUGAUGUGGAUAAUGAAGUCACCGUCGUGAAUUUGCUGCUCGACGAAAUCGAGAAAGUGCGCCAGGUAUUGCGUGACGAUGUCUAUAAAAUGGAGGUGGAGGUGCAACGGGCAUCCGGGUCCUACUUGAUCAAAAGCCUGACGAAUCACUAUCAAGGUGUGCAGAAUGUAAUCGUUAGACUGAGUACCCUGAGUUCCAACAGCACCUCCUACCUUCUGGUCAACAGUCACUACGACACCAAGCCGGGGUCACCAGGUGCCGGAGAUGACGCUGCCAUGGUUGUGGUGAUGCUAGAGGUAUUGCGCAUGGUCGCUAUUUCAGGUGAUCCCUUCCUGCAUCCGAUCAUAUUCCUUUUCAAUGGUGCCGAGGAGCAGCCCAUGCAGGGCUCACAUGGCUUCAUCACUCAGCACAGAUGGGCUGCCAACUGCAAGGCCCUGCUGAACCUGGAUUCCGCUGGUGCUGGUGGACGUGAUCUGCUGUUCCAGGGCGGUCCCAAUCAUCCUUGGCUGAUGGAGCAUUACAGAAACAGCGCCCCGCACCCGUUCGCCACCACGACGGCCGAGGAGAUGUUCGAGGCUGGCCUGAUACCAUCGGAUACCGAUUUCCGAAUCUUCCGUGACUUUGGAGUUGUGCCAGGCUUGGACAUGGCCGGCGUGUACAAUGGAUUCGUUUAUCACACGAAAUUCGAUCGCUACGCGGUGGUAAGUCUCGACUCCCUGCAGAAUUCCGGCGACAACUUACUGGCCCUGGUGAGGAGCAUCUCAAAUGCUGAGGAAAUGUACGACACAGAGGCACACGCUGCGGGACAUGCAGUGUUCUUCGACUUUAUUGGGCUGUUCUUUGUCCAUUACCAGGAGUCGACUAGUUUGGCCCUGAAUCUCUCCUUCUCCUUCGGUGCCAUUUUCCUGGUCUGCCUCUCCUUGUGGAAGAUGUCGCGGGUAACUGGCCAGAGUAUGGGCACCUAUGCCGGCGUCUUUGGACUCCUAUUCCUUCUAGCCCUGGCAGGCGUGCUGCUCGCCGUGGCCUUCCCCCUGCUGAUGGCCGUCUUCUAUGAUUGGGGAAAUAGAACGCUAAGCUACUACAGCAACAGUUGGCUCGUCAUUGGCCUGUACAUUUGCCCAUCGGUCAUUGGCCUCGUCCUGCCAAUGACCCUCUAUUUGACGUACAAGAAGUGUAAUAAGAUCCCCCAUACCUACUACAUGCAUAUUGUGGGGCACGCCAACUGCGUCCUCUUGGCCAUCUUGUGUUUGGGCACGACGGCUCUUAAAUACCGCAGUGCUUAUCUAUUCCUGAUCUCACUCAUUUUUUACGUCGCUGCCCUAAUCAUUAAUCUACUGACCCGUCUCCACUGUCGCGGCUAUCUGUGGUCACUGGUGCUGAUUGUUUUCCAGAUAGUACCCUUCAUUUACCACGCCUACCUGUUCCACAUGUUCAUACUUAUUCUCAUUCCGAUGGCCGGUCGCUUUGGAGUCUCCACCAAUCCGGAUUUACUAAUCAGCGCACUUUGUGCAUUUGGCACCAUUCUGGCGUUAUCCUUUGCUGCUCCCCUGAUCAAUGUCUUCCGUCGACCCAACUGCAUGCUGGGCGGCUUGGCACUGGUCAUGUUCAUUUUCAGCAUGAUUACCCUCUCGGAUGUUGGAUUCCCCUACCGCCCCAAAACGCAUGUCAUGCGUGCCGACUUCAUGCAAGUACAUCGCAAAUUCUUUGAGUACAAUGGUUCUAUCAGCCUCGAGGACUCCGGCUACUACUUCCACCUGGGGGAUCGAAACAUCGAGGCGCCCCUGCGGGAUCACAUGAAUCUGACCAACCUGGUUCGCCUGGGCGAGGAUUGCGACUCCGAGUUGAUGUGCGGGAUUCCCUGCUACCGAUUCUGCGGUGCCCGCAAGCAUGCACUUUGGCUGGCUCGAGAAGAGCCGGUGGAACUGCCGUAUGCUACGGUUCUGGAGUUCCUCAACAAGACUGUGCUGUCCGGUGGCUAUCAGGUGCGCUAUGAGUUCCGGCUGACUGGUCCGCCGAAUAUGGGUCUGUUCUUCAAGCCACUGGCCGGUGUAAAGCUGCUUCGAUGGACGUUUGCCCCCGCAAUGUUGGAUAAUCCAGCCACCUACACGCCUCCUUUGGUGGUCAUGUUAACAUACGGCAUUGAUAGAACUCCCUUCGAAUUCUUCGUGGAACUUUCUAAGGACGACGGCAACUUCGAUGAGCCCGUCUUCGAAAUGGGCGUGUCUGGGCACUACGUCAGUCCACAUGACAAGCGAGACGCACAGAGUCUGGAGUUCCUGGCCACACUUCCGGACUUUGCCUUCUCGAUGGAGUGGCCCAGUAGCUACGAACGGCAUAUAUUCUAGGAUAGUUAGCUAAUAAGAAUACA